AUGUCAUCCCCUGGGAGGCUCGUAGAUUCAGAUGGAAUUGAGGUAGAUGCCGAUGUCAGCUCCUCCAGUGACUUCGACAGCAUUCAAAGUGAUCUGACUUCCUUAACCGAAUCUAUUUACUCUCAUGUAUACGAGAACGGCCGUACCUACCAUGCAUAUCGGUCUGGAACUUAUAAAGAUUAG